AUGGGCAAACCGAGCAAAGGAUCGGAAACAGCUUCCAAAUCUGAUAAGAAAUUUGAGAAGAAGCUUCAGUUUUACACAAAGGUCAAAGAUACACUUGCUUCUUUGUCUGUCCAAAAGGAGAUUGGGAAGAAGAAGAAAAUCCGCAGCCGUCAGAAGAAACUGAAGGCGUAUGAUCUCUCAACCCUCUCGGAGUUUCUUCCAGAGUUCAAUGCUUCGAAGAAAUCAGAUCUUCCUGCACCUGACUUGAAGAUGAACUGCAAAAGGCGUCAAGAGCUCGUACUAACGGAAGGUGAUAGAUUGAGCAAGGUUCUAGACCAUCCAGCUUUCCAGGCAGAUCCGAUUGGUUCGAUAUUCCAGCACUUGCAGAGUCAGCAGCCACCGGUGGAAGAGAAGCCGAAGAAGAAGACUAAUAUCAACGGAAGCAAGAAAAGGAAUCGGAAGAAGGGAAAGUCUCAAUCCAUGGAUUUCUGA